AUGCCAACUACCAGCUCCUUAUCUGAAACCAGCACUAGGCCAGCUACCAGCUACUUAUCUGAAACAAGCACUGUGCCUAAUACCAGAUCCUCAUCUAAAGCCAGCACUGUGCCAACUACCAACUCCCCUUCUAAAACCAGCACUGUGCCAACUACCAGCUCCUUAUCUGAAACCAGCACUGUGCCAACGUCCAGCUCCUCAUCGAAACCCAGCACUGUGCCAACUACUAGCUCCUUAUCUGAAACCAGCACAAGGUCAACUACAAGCUCCUUAUCUGAAACCGGCACUGUGCCAACUACCAUCUCCUCAUCUGAAACCAGCACUAGGCCAACUACCAGCUCCUUAUCUGAAACCAGCACUGUGCCAAGAACCAGCUUCUUAUCUGAAACCAGCACUGUCCCAACUACCAUCUCCUUAUCUGAAACCAGCACUAUGCCAACUACCAGCUCCUUAUCUGAAACCAGCACUGUGCCAUCUACCAGCUCCUUAUCUGAAACAAGCAAAGUUCUAACUACCAGCUCCUUAUCUGAAACCAGCACUGUGCCAACUACCAGCUUCUCAUCUCAAGGCAGCACUGUGCCAACUACCAGCUCCUCAUCUAAAACCAGCACUGUGCCAACUACCAGCUCCUUAUCUGAAACCAGCACUAGGCCAACUACCAGCUCCUUAUCUGAAACCAGCACUGUGCCAUCUACCAUCUCCUCAUCUGAAACCAGCACUAGGCCAACUACCAGCUUCUUAUCUGAAACCAGCACUGUCCCAACUACCAGCUCCUUAUCUGAAACCAGCACAAGGCAAACUACAAGCUCCUUAUCUGAAACCGGCACUGUGCCAACUACCAGCUCCUUAUCUGAAACCAGCACUGUCCCAACUACCAGCUCCUUAUCUGAAACCAGCACUGUGCCAACUACCAGCUCCUUAUCUGAAACCAGCACUAGGCCAACUACCAGCUACUUAUCUGAAACAAGCACUGUGCCUAAUACCAGAUCCUCAUCUAAAGCCAGCACUGUGCCAACUACCAACUCCCCUUCUAAAGCCAGCACUGUGCCAACUACCAGCUCCUUAUCUGAAACCAGCACUGUGCCAAUGUCCAGCUCCUCAUCGAAACCCAGCACUGUGCCAACUACUAGCUCCUUAUCUGAAACCAGCACAAGGUCAACUACAAGCUCCUUAUCUGAAACCAGCACUGUGCCAACUACCAGCUCCUUAUCUGAAACCAGCACUGUGCCAACUACCAGCUUCUUAUCUGAAACCAGCAACGUGCCAACUACCAGCUCCGUAUCAGAAACCAGCACUGUGCUAACCAUCAGCUCCUUAUCUGAAACCAGCACUGUGCCAUCUACCAGCUCCUUAUCUGAAACCAGCAACAUGCCAACUACCAGCUCACUGUCAGAAACCAGCACUGUGCCUAAUACAAGCUCACUGUCACAAACCAGCACUGUGCCAACUACCAGCUUCUCAUCUAAAGGCAGCACUGUGCCAACUACCAGCUCCUUAUCUGAAACCAGCACUAGGCCAACUACCAGCUCCUUAUCUGAAACCAGCACUAGGCCAACGACCAGCUCCUUAUCUGAAACCAGCACUAGGCCAACGACCAGCUCCUUAUCUGAAACCAGCACUGUGCCAUCUACCAGCUCCUUAUCUGAAACCAGCACUAGGCCAACGACCAGCUCCUUAUCUGAAACCAGCACUGGGCCAUCUACCAUCUCCUCAUCUGAAACCAGCACUGUGCCAUCUACCAUCUCCUCAUCUGAAACCAACACUAGGCCAACUACCAGCUUCUCAUCUGAAACCAGCACUGUGCCAACUACCAGCUCCUUAUCUGAAACCAGCACAAGGCCAACUACAAGCUCCUUAUCUGAAACCGGCACUGUGCCAACUACCAGCUCCUUAUCUGAAACCAGCACUGUCCCAACUACCAGCUCCUUAUCUGAAACCAGCACUAGGCCAACUACCAGCUACUUAUCUGAAACAAGCACUGUGCCUAAUACCAGCUCACUGUCCCAAACCAGCACUGUGCCAACUACCAGCUUCUUAUCUGAAACCAGCACUGUCCCAACUACCAGCUCCUUAUCUGAAACCAGCACAAGGCCAACUACAAGCUCCUUAUCUGAAACCAGCACUGUGCCAACUACCAGCUCCUUAUCUGAAACCAGCACUAUGCCAACUACCAGCUCCUUAUCUGAAACCAGCACUAUGCCAACUACCAGCUCCAUAUCUGAAACCCGCACUGUUCCAACUACCAACACUCCAUCUGAAACCACCACUGUGCCAACUACCAGCUUACCGUCUGAAUCCAACACUGUGUCAACUACCAGCAACGUAUCAGAAACCAUCACUGUGCAAUCUACGAGCUCCUUAUCUGGAACCAACACUAUGCCAACUACCAGCUCACCGUCUGAAACCAGCACUGUGCCAACUACCAGCUCCUUAUCUAAAACCAGCACUGUGCAAGCUACCAGCUCCUUAUCUGAAACCAGCAUUGUGCCAACUACCAGCUCCUUAUCUGAAACUAGCACUGUGUCAACUACCAGCUCCAUAUCUGAAACCCGCACUGUUCCAACUACCAACACUCCAUCUGAAACCACCACUGUGCCAACUACCAGCUUACCGUCUGAAUCCAACACUGUGUCAACUACCAGCAACGUAUCAGAAACCAUCACUGUGCAAUCUACGAGCUCCUUAUCUGGAACCAACACUAUGCCAACUACCAGCUCACCGUCUGAAUCCAACACUGUGCCAACUACCAGCAACGUAUCACAAACCAUCACUGUGCAAUCUAUGAGCUCCUCAUCUGAAACCAACACUAUGUCAACUACCAGCUCCUUAUUUGAAACCAGUUCAGUGCCAACUACCAGCUCCUUAUCUAAAAUCAGCACUGUGCCAACUACCAGCUCCGUAUCAGAAACCAGCACUGUGCCAACUACCAGCACCUUAUCUGAAACCAGCACUAUGCAAACUAUCAGCUCCCUACCUAAAACCAGCACUGUGCCAACUACCAGCUCCUUAUCUGAAACCAGCACUGUGCCAACUUCCAGCUCCUCAUCUAAACCCAGCACUGUGCCAACUACUAGCUCCUUAUCUGAAACCAGCACAAGGCCAACUACAAGCUCCUUAUCUGAAACCAGCACUGUGCCAACUACCAGCUCCUUAUCUGAAACCAGCACUGUCCCAACUACCAGCUCCUUAUCUGAAACCAGCACAAGGCCAACUACCAGCUCCUUAUCUGAAACCAGCACUGUCCCAACUACCAGCUCCUUAUCUGAAACCAGCACUAGGCCAACUACCAGCUCCUUAUCUGAAACCAGCACUAGGCCAACUACCAGCUCCUUAUCGGAAACAAGCACUGUGCCGAAUACCAGCUCACUGUCCCAAACCAGCACUGUGCCAACUACCAGCUCCUCAUCUAAAGCCAGCACUGUGACAACUACCAGCUCCUCAUCUAAAACCAGCACUGUGCCAACUACCAGCUCCUUAUCUGAAACCAGCACUGUGCCAUCUACCAGCUCCUUAUCUGAACCCAGCACUGUGCCAACUACCAGCUCCUUAUCUGAACCCAGCACUGUGCCAACUACCAGCUCCUUAUCUGAAACCAGCACUGUGCCAACUACCAGCUCUUUAUCUGAACCCAACUCUAUGCCAAUUGUGAGUAUGAUAUUAAUAGUACAUAUGGUUCUGUUUUUGCUUUCAGCCAUCAUUUCUUCUCUUACUUUUUCACCAUUUUCUCAUCCUAAGCAAUCACCAACAUCUUCACCUGAAAUAAGUACAACAUUAUCCUCUACUUUAUCAGCCAGCACGUCUUCCCCCAGAACGCACCCUUUACAACUGAAAAUACUGAACUUAAAUUACACAGAGGGCCUUCAAAAUCCUUCUUCAGUAGAAUACAGAGUGCUGGUAUCUAGGAUUGAAACACUGGUGAGUAACAGACUUGGAUACAGUAUCAGUUGUUUCAAAUUUCAGUUUGAUAUACAGGGCCGAAAUUAUAAUCCAAAAUGCCUUCAAUCGAUAAUGUCUGACUUUCAAUCAGUAUUGUGGAACAGUCAUCAAAGUGAUCACAAUCUGUAUUUUACAAACCUCUGUAGUAGCACUGUCAAAGUCCGUAAAACCGCGCCGGACUCGUUAUUUAGCUUUUAAUAUUAUAAUGCCACGCUCCAAGACCACAAUGUAAUGAGAUAAAUAAAUGAGAGAUGUGAAUUCCAUUACAUGUCGCACAUUAUAGACAUCCAGGUGCAUUGGUUCAAGGCAUGCCUACUAAUCCAGGAUUUAGGGAUUACCCAGUUGUUUAUAAGGUGUUUUUAUUAGAAAAUAAAAAUUACCUUGACAGAACUGUGUAAUCCCUGAACCCUGGACUGGUUGGCAUGCCUUGAGGACUGUUUUGGAUACCACCACAUUAAAGGGUUGCUCCAACGUUUUUUAAAUACAUGUAAUUUUUACUUUCCAGUUAAACCUCCACACACACAUACACAGACCCUGGAAAACCCUGUAGUCUAAGAAUAAACUUUCUGGAAUCUAGCCCCGGAACUGGCCAAAUUGAUGUUAGUACCACUAAUCGUGGUCCCAGUGAAGGAAAACAAUUGUGACCUUAAUUAUCUACCAGCUAUUGGCAAUGAAAACAGCUUGUGGCAGAUGUUUAUAGACAAUGUUGGACACAAGCGCUUCUCUUUAAUCGUUCGAGUUACGUGUCACAGACCCACCUGCUGCAGGACUGUGAGGGACCUUGAGUCCAUGAGGACCUUCUUUAACCAAUCUUUGAGUGGUAAAAAUACUGUGAAAAAUGCUCCAACAGUGGUAUCGUGAUUCAGCAUCCAGUAACAGGUCGAUAAUUUUUGGAUAAGAGAUUGUGGUUUCUCUAAUAAUGCAGCAUGGUAAUGGAGGCCAAUUAGAUCAUUUUAGGGACAAUAAAAAUGCUUUUAUCUUACGUUGUCCCUUCACAAUAUAUUCAAACCAUUAAUAGAAUGUACCGAAGACAUUGCGUGAACUUGUGUUUUUACCUAAUUUCACAGAUCCAGGAUUUCUUUAAUAGAAUGUACUCAGUGGAAAGGGUCACGGUCACGGAACUGAAGUAA